GACCAACAUCCUGUGCACGGUGCCCGGUUGCGGCAAGGUCCUGCCCAACAGCCCGGCCCUCAACAUGCACCUCAGCAAGGCGCACCCGGUCCAGGUACCGCCGCCGCCCCGACUCGGGCCCGCUGCGCGGUGAGGCGAAGCCGGACUCUGCCCGGCCAGACGCCUCCCUCCUGCUGAACGCCGCGGGGGCUGCGGUGAGGGGGGGGUCGCCCCGCCCCUUACCCUGCACCGUGAGGCUUCUGUAAUGGCGCAGCUGCUUUUGCCGCUCCGGGCCGAAGCCCCCGAGGCCGGCGCGGGGUCCCGCCAGAAGUCCCAUCUUGGUCCGCCAGAGCCUGGCGCCUGGGCCUCCUCCCGCCCCUGCCUCUCUCGGAGGAGCCGCCCUGAGCCGCAGGCCUCCGGCCCCUGCCCGCUGCGGCGGCUGAGGGGAUCUGCCUCUGCCGGGCGGGAAGCCGAGGCCCCUGUGGGGCCUGCGGCCCUGCGUGGGGCCCGAGAGGCACCGGCUGAGGAUGGAAAACGAAAUGCACCAAUAAGGAAGGGUUUGAAAACUUCACAGAAACUCUACUGCUGUCCCAUUGAAGGCUGCCCUAGAGGACCAAACAGACCAUUUUCCCAAUUUUCUCUUGUAAAACAGCACUUUAUGAAAAUGCAUGCUGAAAAGAAGCACAAAUGUGAUAAGUGUAGUAACUCCUAUGGUACAGAAUGGUAUCUGAAGCGGCACAUAGAAGUCUGUGGCAAGACUUUCCAAUGCACUUGUGGGUGCCCUUAUGCCAGCAGAACAGCACUGCUGUCUCACAUUUACAGAACUGGCCAUGAAAUUCCUGCAGAACACAGGGAUCCUCCUAGUAAGAAAAGGAAAAUGGAAGCCUCCGUACAUAAUCAGCAGUUGGCAGAGAAAGCAAAGGAAGCAUUCAUCAGUACACACAGUAAUAACCCUGGCACUCAGGAACUGGAGUCCUCUGAAGUGAAACUAGUGGCCUCUCUCAAAAGCUCUUGCCGCUCGAACUGCAUGAACCAAAUGCAGCCAAAAUGUACACCGAAGAUGCUGUUACCAAAGCCCAAGGUGGCUUUGGUUAAACUUCCAGUGAUGCAGCUCGCCCCCUUGCCUGUCUAUGUCUCUGCAACAGACCCUUCUGUCAAACCUGCUGUAGUGGCUGUUGAUAAUCAAGGUUCAGUUGUAAGUACUGUUCAUUUAUUGCCUCAAUCCAUAGGAAUUCUGAUUCCAGCACUGGAGGCAGAAACACUUGUAUUUAAAGAUAGUAUGCCUGUUUCAAAAGUGACAAAUUCUGGUGAUCAUGAACCAGUAAGCACUGGUGUACAAGUUGAAUUGGAUAAGGUUGCAUCGACUAACACUGGGCAAGAGCUGGGGAAUGGUUGUCACAAGAACAAAAUUUCUUCAAUAAAUAUACAGACUGAUUUGUCUUGUAUUUCACAGAACUUUGUGCCAGCUGCAGCCUGGACUCCCAAUGCUUCUGUCUCCUCUUGCUCUCAGACAGAUCUGUCAUUCAGUUCACAGGUGUCAUUGCCCAUCAGCGUACAAACACAGACGCUGCUGCCUGCUUCCAAGCUGACUUCAUCCAUAGCUGCUCAGACUGAUGCUUUUAGUCAGGUUUGUUUUCCAACGUGUGGCAUUUCUAGGGAGACUCAAACCAGUAGGACACAGGACUCUAUUGAUGGAAGGGUGCAAAUGGACCAGGCAGUAAUGUGCAGUGAUAUAUUUGACAAUGUUCAUUCAUCUUACAAUGUUUCUACUCCCAUCGAACUUCCAGAAAACAAUUUAAUGCCUGCAAAUCUAGAUCAAACCUUGCUGCAAAGGAGUAAUGGGAAGAGCCUGAAUCAAGAUGCAGGAAAGUCUGAAUCCCUUAUUGGCUUCAAUACACAAACUAAUAUACUUCCACCUCAAAAUACAAUGGAUAAUCAAACCCAGACAAUGGACCUACUAAGUGAUCUGGAAAACAUCUUUUCAGGAAACAUAUCUGGCCAGACACUUGAUAAUCGUGGCCUUUUGUCUGAGACAAGUUCUAAUGCUGAUACUCAGCUGCCCUCUGGUCCAUCACAGAGCACAGGAAUAGAUUUUGACAUUGAAGAGUUCUUUUCAGCAUCCAAUAUCCAAACUCAGACUGAAGAGAGCGAGCUUGGUACCCUAAACUCUGAGCCAGUUUUGGAGUCACUGGACAUUGAAACUCAGACUGAUUUCUUACUUUCAGAUAAUGCCACACAAUCAUACAGCUGCCGAGGGAAUUCUAACUUCUUAGGUCUGGAGAUGUUUGAUACACAGACACAGACAGACCUGAAUUUCUUUUUGGACACCAAUACCCACCUGCCUUUAGGAAGUAUUCUCAAGCAGUCUAGUUUCUCUAUGAGUACUGAUUCAUCUGAUACAGAAACCCAAACAGAACUAUACCCAGCUACUAAAACCAUACCUGCUCAGAAUCUUGAAAGCAAAGUCCAGCUCAGCAGUGCUGAGACACAGACUAUGGAUAGCUGCUUUGAGAAUCUAGGGAGUUUAUUCCUUACCAGCAAUGAGACACAGACAGCAAUGGAUGACUUUCUUCUGGCUGACUUAGCCUGGAAUACAAUGGAGUCCCAGUUCAGUUCAGUAGAAACACAGACCUGUGAAGAGCUGUGCUCCUUGUUCCAGAGCUCUAAUAAGCGCAACCAUUGAUUACUACAUAAUGUAACUGGUUCCUGUGGUUUGAAAUUUAGUUUUUGGGAUGGGAGAGAUGGCUUGUCCAAGUUAGCCACUUUGCUUUAUUGAAUGUAACUAUUGUGAGCCAUUGGCCUAAGAGACUUUCCAUGCUGAAGGUACUCUGUUGAAUAUGUAACUUCAUAUAAGCUAUGUAUGUAUAAACGGGGUGAAGGGGAGGCUGUAACAUAUUCAUGUACUUUUGAACCUUAAAAAAGAUCUGUGUGGUGCCUAUGUUUUUCUCCUCAAACUUCUUUACAGAGAUGAUACUGCUUUCAUUUAAAUGGAAGAACUUCUGAAGUUGUUCUCUCUCUAUAUAUACAUCUCCCUAUUUCUGGCUUACAUAUAGGGUUCCAAUGUGCUGGACCAAAACCCUGACCUGUCCAAUUCAGAUACUUCCCUGAACUUAUGGGGGAGGAUUCUAUUAGUGUAAGCUACUUCUGUUUACUUUUUUUAGUAGCUUGUACUUUAAAUCCGGCGUGAACAUGAUAAGCCGUAUUGUCUUCUCUUUAUGCCUUCACAGCUCUUUCUCUCUCUGCAUAAGUUGGUAUUUACCAAAUACCCAUCCAACACACUACACACAGACAGACUCUUGAAUUGUUGAGUGUAUUUAUUAUUUAAAACAUGUAGAAUGCAGUACUUUUAGUUAUUUUUCCCCCUGAGUGGCAUUAAUGCUCUUUGAAGGGUAGGAAAAGGACUUGGAAUACGUAAGUGUAGGGAAAAUUAGUAUGUCAUCUUUUUAGCUGGUAUAAUAAAAUGGGACUAACAUUUUUAGAGUCUUUGUGAGGGAUUUCCUUGAAUUAUUUCUGUCUGUAAGAUGUAAAUGUAUGAUGUGUGUGCCUCAAAGACUGGAAUAAUUGUUUUCACUGACAUUCUCCUAGCUUUAUGAAGAUACAAGUUAGGAAAUGUUACAGUGGUUUAUACCUCUUCUGUCCUAACAGAAAUCUUUAGAAACAGGAAAUUCAGUUCUCUAAAAUGCUCAUUCACCCAGACUCAUGUUUUUGGAAUUCUCACUUCCAGAAACAAUUGGAAUCUGUACAACAGAACUGGGAGAUGAGUUCACAGAAACCCUUUCAGAACAGCUGUAUCUUGUUUUUGCACAUGGAUCUGUAGCUCUCAGUUCUUGCAGCUUCUAGAGAGGUUUUCUGACUAUAGUCAAAUUCAGACAAACUUGAGUUUUCCAAGAAGAAACCUCUUGGAUUAUUUAUUUAUUUAGUGUUUAUCUUGCCCCUCCUUGUUUGCAGUAUUUUUUCAUUUGCAUGGAGAAAAAAUAAUCCACUCGUGAAUGUAUGUGGAAAUUUGGCCUUAAGCAAUUUUUAUCUCUAACUAUAAAAGCUGCAAAAUGUUGGUCUCUGGUUUUGUCCUGGACAGGUUUUAGUUUCUUUUAAAUGAAAAGAGAAAACCUCUUCUUGUCAAAUUCCUGAGCCUGUAACAGAUUUCACUCCUCCACUGUGAGAGGGGAGGUGUUGGCUGCAUAUUUACUAGGCAGCCCAUCAGUAAAUGUAUGUCCAAGCCUUAGUUUUUGAAGACUUGCUGUGCUUUGUGCUUCAUAUCCUCAAGGAUGUGGGAGUUAAGUUACUCAUCCAUUGCAGCUAGCUUGUUUUGUUGAAAAUGAGCAAUAUCUUGUUUUUUUCCUCUUCUACCACUCCUCAAAUUGCCAUAUGAUGCUGAUACAGUAAGCAUCUCUAGUUUUACUGGUAGUAAUCUAUUUAGGUUAACCUCAAAACUCAUCUUUUCCUUCUGAAAGCCUCCUGAAACCAUAGCUGUGCUGCAUGUUUAGUUUUUCAGCAUUUCUAGGUGUGAGAUCAGACACUUCCAGUCUUUGGCUGAGGAAGCUGCAGAAAGGAAUAUUGCAGUUCCUUCCAGGAGUACAGUGAUUCUGCUUUAGGGAAACCCUCCCAGGUUUCACAGUGCCUAGAGUUUUGAUCCUGAAGGUGGGGUGUGUUAGAAAAAAGACAUCACUUGUGGUUCUAUUUCUCUUGAACGUAUGACUGAUUUGUGCUUAUCUGCCUGCUUUGAAAUUGGGAAAUAGGGUAAAUAACAAAAUUAGGUUAAUUUAUUCUAUCACAGUAUUUUUGUAUCUCCAUUCUUGCCCCUGGCUGGAAUCUCAGACCCCAUUUUUUCAAAGAUUUGUGUCUUCCCAUGUUUGAGUCAUCUACUGACACGUGAAAAAGAAGUAAUUACUAUGAACCUGAUUGGAGAAAAGUGAAUUUUUAGAAUGCAGAAGUGAGACACUGUUCAUUACCUCUGGAUGUAGAAAAUCAAUCUUUUUCUGCAAGAGAAAGGACUCACAGGUGAUGAGGAACAGAAGGCUUUGAACUGUAGCCAUCUGAGAGACCAGAUAGCAUUUAAAGAACUUUGAAACUACUUCACAAAUCACAAUAAGAAUGGCAGGUUCUUAAGAGUGCAAACCAAAGCUCUUAACAUCAGUGACUAUCAGAAAAAAACCUAAGGUUUGUGUGGACACAAUUUUACAAUGUAACUGUUAUUUAUUGUACUUUAUAACUGAAAGUAUUUAUGAGCUUUGUGUGUUUUACUAGAACAUGCAGGGUUUAUAAUAGUUGUAACUUAAAUGAGGUGAAUUCAGUAGUGCAACAUGACAUUAUUUAUUGAAAGGGCAGGGUUGGGAAAUUAUUAAAUGUCUGCACUGCCUAGGGGGAGUGGCUCAUUCUGACCAAAAUUAACUUUUUUUCUUCAGAAAUUUGAUGCUCGGUAAAUUAUUCAUAAAAGUUAGAAAUGGAUUUGGAUCCUGUGCUGCUGACAUCUGUCAGACACUUUGGAUUUAAUAAAUAUUUUUGUGAAAAUGUGGAGAAUGCAACCUGACUUUAUACUUUGCCAAGCCCCAGAGUAAACUUACUGAGAGCUGAUCUGAAAUAAUGCUACUGAAUGUUGCAAGUUCUUCAGCUUUGAAUGAGUUGUUUCGAGUAAGCUCUUUAAAAAGGCAAAUUUUCUACUUUGGCUGUUGUUUUAAAAAUAAACUGCAGUCAGAUCUCUUUCUGGUAGUGCUGAAAUGAUACUUAUCUCCCUUUUUCUGCAGUUUGUCUCUGAUUUGAUUUUCAAGGCACUGUGUCUAUUGUAAGUAUUGAUCAGCAGUGACUUCUUACUUUGCUUAUUCUCUUUCGUGUCCAAUGAAUUGCUAUAAAAAGUAACAUCAGAUUCUUCAUGGCCGCUUAGCAGAAGUGUUUAUCUGGAAGUGGUACUAAUGUUACAUGCACUUACUCUCUGCCUUUCCUGCUUAAAUUUGUUAUGCUGUGAUUGCUGACCUUGAGCUGAAUGCUUGUAUAAUGCUACUCUAAAAUUUAGUUAGUAGUUUUGUAGCUUGACUUGAGCUUUUCUCUAGUAUAUAAAACAAACAAAUAGAACAUAGCAAAUUUGGCACAUGUGUUCUGUGAGAACUUCAGCACAAAACAUGGAAAAUGAGAGGUCUUAUUUUUGUACUGUGCCUUCCAUAUUUGUUUGUCACAGUACUAAAAGUUUGUAUGUCAGUAGAUGUACAUUUCUUCUAGUUUUGGCUUUAUUGUGCUAGUACACUUCUUUCUGCUUUGGGUAGGGAGCAAUCCUCCCUCCACUCUUCAGGUCAACCUAGAGAAGUUGGUAGUUUAGAGCUGGUGUUUACUAACACUACAUGUUCUUAGCUAUGCAAAGCUGCUUGUGUCUAAAAGAAAUUCACCUCCAAAGGAUAUGAAAUCUUAAAAUAUGCACUUGCAGCUGUAAGUUACACAAGCCUUUGAGACCUCCUCUAGGUUUGAACAAUUCAAUCCAUGUCUGUAACGUCACGUACACAACUAAUGCUCCUUACACUUUUUUAUUCCAAGAUGCACAUGCAAUGGGUUGGGGUUUUUUUUUUGUUGAAAACAAAAGGCUGAAUUUCCCUGUUAGUCAGAGGUACCUUCAUUGCGUAGAGGCAACAGAACAGAGAGAUGGCUGCCUUCCACUGUUGUAAAAUCUUACAUUGCUAUCACAUGCUCUCAUCUGCUUAGAUCUGAAUUUGGCUUUUUCUGUAUUUUUGGAUCAGGCUGAGUAGAGAUGUCUGUUAGCAGGAUUGAGAUUUUAGGGGGUUAGAGGGGGUUUAAUUUAUUUUUUGAAUAGCCUUGCAAAUAUAGGGUAAGUCAAUAGGUCUAAGUCGUUCUAGAUUAACAUAGGGCUCUCAACUUGCAACUGAGAUGACAACUUGGAGGUGAACCAAAUAUUCUUACUGUUAUUGUUAAGGUUGUACAGCAUCCUUUGCUUUAAUAUGUUUCUGACAUGUUGGAGUUUUAAACUUGAUCCACAUUCACACCAAAAUGUUGUUUACAUUCUGGGCCUCGCAAGCUUUUUUUGUUCAUGUUUGGCUUAGGGUGCUGCUGUGGUUGCAUUCCUGGUAGAACAGGUCUGCUGCAAACAGAUUUCCAUUAAUAGCUUUAUAUGAACACUAUGAGGAUAGGGUUGUGGAAUGCAGCAAGCUUCAGUGCAGGAUGCAAACAUACAUAUUCUGUUUCUUCUUCUUUUAGCAGUUGAUGUGAUUUAAAUGUAUACUAGAAGGAUUUGCUGCUUAGAGCAUGAGUGAAUUUUCUUGUUUCAAAUGCCAUUGCUAUGCAAUGAACAGAAUCAAGGUAGUACAUGGUUCAGCUCUGCAUUGCCUUGCAGUCAGGUGGAGGGUGUGUUUGUAUUCAUGCUCCAGACUCUUCCGCUCACCAAAAAUGUAAUCAGACAGCCUGAAACAGUGCAAGCUCCCAAAGGAACUGCUGAGUUAAAUAACAGAAGUCUUUCACUUCUGAUUCUUUUUCAUGUACUGGCUUUACAGCAAUAUCUUCAGUAUACCUAGCAAUGGAAUAGGUGACUCAUGGCAACAUAAACUGCACAUUUUGCAACACAUGCUUUACAUGUGUGCUUCAAGUACUUGCAUGCAGAGCUAGAUUGACAGUAAUUCUAUCUACAGAUACUUGCCAGUGCAUCUCUGAUAAAACUAGAUAUGAACAGGCCAUGUUUUUUUUCAGCUUGCAGAAUUCAGCACCUGAUUAUGAUCUAUUUAAACUUGUAAUUAUUUGGAAUGGAUGAGUAAUAAACCUUGUGGGUGAGUCUUUCCUGAAGCAUUUGUGACUUAAUUUCAGUAAGGCUGAGGAAUGUCCUUAAAAUGUUCUUCUCAUCACUGGUGGGAUCUUGAUCUACUGGACAGAUCUAGUUUUCAAAUUAUGUCCAUGUUUAACUCUUGCUGUUUAAGCCAGCAAACGUGAAAUGAGUAGAUAAAAGCAAGCAUUCAAUUUUUAGAUCUUUCACAAGUGACAAUCCCAAAGAAGGAAUGUUAUCCCAGCAAUUGUGAAACUUCUAAGUAUAUAUAAUGCAUGCAGAGAAAACCUUGUGCCAAAAUACUGUUUCAUAUUUCCCUCUGUUGGAAACUGAAGUGUUACACAAAGCUACUAGUAAGUUAUUCACAAGUAUUGAAAUGUUUUGUUCACAAAUGAAGCACUUAGUUCUGUAAAUUAUUCAUAUUUUGGAAUAAAGCUAAGUGAAAUAAA